CAUCACACAGAGAGAGAAGAAGAGGAGGAGAUUCCGAAGAAAAAAGAUAAGAACUUUGACGUUUUGAAGCUUGAAGCUUGUUACAUCCAUGGCGGCUCGUAGAGUGUCUUCUCUAUUAUCUCGAUCUUUGUCAGCUUCCUCUCCCUUACUGUUUCGUUCUCAAGGGAGAAGUUGUUACAAUGGAGGGAUCGUAAGGAGAUUUGGAACCUCUUCUGCUGCUGAGGAAAUCAUUAACCCAUCUGUUCAAGUUUCUCACACACAGCUCCUCAUUAAUGGGAACUUCGUUGACUCUGCUUCUGGUAAGACGUUUCCGACUCUUGAUCCGCGGACAGGCGAAGUCAUUGCGCAUGUAGCUGAAGGCGAUGCUGAAGAUAUCAAUCGGGCGGUGAAAGCUGCAAGGAAGGCCUUUGAUGAAGGACCUUGGCCUAAAAUGAGUGCUUAUGAAAGGUCAAGAGUAAUGCUGAGGUUUGCAGAUUUGGUUGAGAAACACAGCGAAGAGCUUGCGUCUCUAGAGACAUGGGACAAUGGCAAGCCUUACCAACAAUCCAAGGCCGUAGAGAUUCCAAUGUUUGCAAGAUUGUUCCGUUACUAUGCUGGAUGGGCGGAUAAGAUUCAUGGACUAACAGUUCCAGCUGAUGGAAACUAUCAUGUUCAAACAUUGCAUGAACCGAUAGGUGUUGCUGGACAGAUCAUUCCAUGGAAUUUUCCGCUUUUGAUGUUUGCUUGGAAAGUUGGUCCUGCUCUUGCUUGUGGUAACACCAUUGUCCUCAAAACUGCUGAGCAAACACCUCUCACGGCUUUCUAUGCCGGCAAGCUUUUGCUUGAAGCGGGUCUUCCUCCUGGUGUUCUGAAUAUAGUUUCUGGAUUCGGUGCAACAGCGGGUACUGCCCUCGCGAGUCACAUGGAUGUAGACAAGCUUGCUUUUACAGGAUCGACUGAUACAGGCAAAGUUAUACUUGGAUUGGCUGCAAACAGCAAUCUUAAGCCGGUAACUCUGGAACUUGGAGGGAAAUCACCAUUCAUCGUAUUCGAAGAUGCUGAUAUUGAUAAAGCUGUAGAGCUUGCACACUUUGCCCUCUUCUUCAACCAGGGGCAAUGUUGCUGUGCGGGGUCUCGGACAUUUGUUCAUGAGAAAGUGUAUGAUGAGUUUGUUGAGAAAUCAAAGGCACGGGCAUUGAAACGUGUGGUUGGUGAUCCUUUCAGGAAAGGCAUUGAACAGGGUCCUCAGAUUGAUUCGAAGCAGUUUGAGAAAGUGAUGAAGUACAUAAGGUCAGGUAUCGAAAGCAAUGCUACUCUUGAAUGUGGUGGUGAUCAGAUUGGAGACAAAGGUUACUUCAUCCAACCUACUGUCUUCUCUAAUGUUAAGGAUGACAUGCUUAUCGCUCAAGACGAGAUUUUCGGUCCAGUCCAAUCAAUCUUGAAAUUCAGUGAUGUGGAUGAGGUGAUAAAGAGGGCGAACGAGACGAGGUACGGGCUAGCCGCAGGGGUUUUCACAAAGAGUCUGGACACCGCAAACAGGGUUUCGAGGGCUUUGAAAGCUGGCACCAUAUGGGUUAACUGCUUCGACGUCUUUGACGCAGCCAUUCCUUUCGGUGGUUACAAGAUGAGCGGCAAUGGGAGAGAGAAAGGCAUAUACAGUCUCAAUAAUUACUUGCAGAUCAAGGCAGUCGUCACUGCUCUUAAUAAGCCUGCCUGGAUCUGAUCCCUGGAGUUGGUUUCAUCAUCAUAAAUGCUCAAACAAAAGAAAGAGACUUUAUAAAGUUACAAUAGUAAUAAUUAAGGUCAUGGUUUGUAACUUGAGUAACGGAUUGUGAUACUUUUAUUUAAUAAAUGUGUAUUCUAGUU